AAUGUCCUGUAUCUCUCAUUCCCUCUGAUCACACACAGCGUGUGUUUUCCAACUACAACCACAAAAUGCAUUUUUCCAGGACAACCUGUGCACCGUUUGGGAGAUGCCUGAAAGGAACUGGUCAAUGGCUAUGGAAAUACCGCAACUACUUGAUCAUCUACAUCACUCCUUUCCUGAUACUUCCUCUGCCACUUUCUUAUCCUUCAUCGGAAGCAAAUUGUGGCUAUGUUAUCAUCUUGAUGGCACUGUACUGGUGUACAGAGUGUAUACCGCUGGCAAUCACUGCAUUGUUGCCAGUCAUACUUUUCCCAUUUCUGGGCAUCAUGGAGUCUGGAAAGGUGUGUGUGUUGUACAUGAAAGACACCAACAUGCUGUUCGUGGGUGGUUUGGUGGUGGCUAUAGCGGUUGAACACUGGAACUUACACAAGCGUAUCGCCCUGGGGGUCCUGCUGUUAGUGGGUGUUCGACCUGCUCUGCUGAUGUUAGGCUUCAUGGGUGUAACAGCUUUCCUCUCAAUGUGGAUCAGUAACACUGCUACUACUGCCAUGAUGCUACCCAUAGCCCAGGCUGUGCUGGAGCAGCUCAGUAAAACAGAGGCUGAGAGAGAAGAACGAGAGCUGAGGGAAGGCAGAGACAACCAUGCUUUCGAGAUGGCGGAAGUCACCAACACCAAAAUUCCCUUGGACACCGAAAACCAAAAUGAGAUCUCAGAGUGCACCAUGGAUUCAGUAGCAGAGAAUAAAAGGAAGGCUCGGGAACAGAGGUAUCUCUGGUUGAAUAAAGGGAUGAGCUUGAGUGUGUGCUACUCUGCCAGCAUCGGAGGCACAGCCACCCUUACGGGCACCACGCCAAACCUUAUCCUCCAAGGCCAGAUGGAUAGCCUCUUCCCACGUAACCCUAAUGUGAUCAACUUCGCCAGCUGGUUUGGCUUUGCGUUUCCCAACAUGUUGUUGAUGUUGCUCUUGGCCUGGCUGUGGCUGCAGUUAAUGUAUUUGGGUUUGAAUUUUAAGAAGUCAUUUGGCUGUGGGUUGAAUAACGUUGAUGACCGGGAGGCCUACAGAGUGAUGAAGCAGGAAUAUAAGAAACUGGGCAGAAUGAAAUUCGCUGAAGGUGCUGUGCUUUUCCUGUUUGUGUCGCUGGUGGUGCUGUGGUUCAGCAGAGAGCCAGGAUUCAUGCCAGGCUGGGCUUCUUCCCUUAACGAAGUUGGACAAUUUGUUACUGAUGGCACUGUAGCCAUUCUUGUAGCCACUCUGUUCUUCCUCAUCCCAUCUAAAAUACCAUGGAGACACUCUGGUAGUAGGGAAGAUCAGCAUGAAGUAACAGAAGGAGAAAACACAGUACAGCCGAGACAGAAGAAGCGCAAGGCUCCCUCAGCUCUGCUUGAAUGGAAGGUGGUGCAUGAGCGGAUGCCCUGGAACAUUGUCCUGCUCCUGGGAGGUGGAUAUGCCUUGGCUAGUGGCAGUGAGGUGUCUGGGCUGUCGGAUUGGCUGGGUCAGAGUCUUGCCCCGCUUCAGAGCAUCCCGCCAUAUGCCAUCUCGCUGCUGCUCUGUCUUCUGGUGGCAAUGUUCACAGAGUGCUCCAGCAACACGGCCACAACAACACUCUUCCUCCCCAUUCUCGCUUCUAUGGCCGCAACUAUAAAGCUCCAUCCCCUGUAUGUCAUGCUGCCCUGCACCAUCAGUGCCUCCUUGGCCUUCAUGCUGCCAGUGGCCACUCCACCCAACGCCAUCGCUUUCUCAUACGGCACCCUCAAAGUACUCGACAUGGCAAAGGCUGGCUUCAUGCUAAAUAUAAUUGGCGUCCUGUGCAUCAACUUGGGAAUUAACACAUGGGGGACACUCAUGUUCCAGCUAGACACCUUCCCCUCGUGGGCCAACGCUACAAGUGGAACACCGUGAAAAGAGCUUUCCAGAAGACCAACAGAAUGAUGAGAAGUCAGUGAGAGGAGAGGUAAAAGGGAGGAAAAUGCAUGUUUCCCAAAAAAGAGGGUAAAUGUAUUAUGUAGCAGAACUCUUGGCAGCUACUCCACUGGCCUGUGCAAUACUGAACAAAUAUUCACAGGCAUAACCUUCGAUCUAUAUGUUUAUUUUCUCAUUCUUUUUAUGCACCAGAGGUGAUUUUUCCAGUGAAUAUAACACUGGUAUGUAUGUUUUUUACCUUUGGAAAUUUUAAUGGGUGGUCCAGGACCUGUAAAUUCAUGUCUAACCAAGAAACAAAACAUCUAUGUGGAUCAAACUGGAAAGAAUGAUAUUAGUGGUACUUCUCAUUACUGUAAGGCAGAAAGCUCCUAGCUCAAAGGGUGCAAUGGAAAGUUUCAUGACUAUCAGGGGAGGCAUGUGAUGCUUCUGUCCCUCACCAGACUAAUAAUACUGCAGUGUGAGACAGAGGGGAAUGUAGUGGAAACUGUCACAAAAAAUGUGAAACAAUAAAAUAUAUCUAAAUCAAAACUAUGUAUAUUUUGGUGGACAAGCAGCAAAAAAUGUGAAAGCUGUCAAAUGUUUAUUUUAUGUAGCAGAAAAAAACCCCAAUAUCUUGCUAAGUCUCAGGAGACAUCUUGAAUAAAGUAAACGUUCUCUAA